AUGGCGCCCGAAGUUGUGGACGUGGUCGUGGUCGGGGCUGGGAUCAGUGGCCUCCGGGCUGCAGGUCUUUUGCAACGAGCUGGCUUCUCGACCGUCGUCCUCGAGGCGCGCUCCAGGGUGGGAGGAAAGAUCUUGACGAGCGAUCGAGAACCGGGCAUGACAAUCCGACAAGAGUACGGCGCCGCUUGGAUCAACGACACCACACAGGACCGCAUCUGGGCCCUGGCGAAGGAGUUUGGUUUGACGCCAGUGAUUGCCAACUCGGAGGGAAAAGUCGUGGCACAAGACUUUGGUGGUAAUUGUGUCGAGUUUAUGUAUGGCAAUACCCCGGAGUACUCCUCGAGUGUCGAUUCGGAAGCAUGUGUGGCGUUGAGAGAUUUAGUGGAAAAGAUCACGACCCAAAAUGAUGGGCCACUUCAGUCCGCAGCGUCCCGUAAGGAACUGGACGGGAUCAGCUUCGAGGCCUGGCUGGCAAAGGCCACGAACCACAACGACAGAGCCUGCGCCACGGGCAAGGUCUGGACGCACGCCAUCAUCGGCUGCGACCCGGGCGAGGUCUCUGCCUUGUUCUUUUUGGACUACCUGCACGCAGGCUUGGGGAUGAUGUCGAUACGAAGCGAUAAAAAGGACGGUGGACAGUACAUGCGGAUCGCAGAAGGCAUAUCAGCUUUCCCAGAGCGUUUGGCGCAACAGCUCAAGCCAGGCUCUCUGAGGCUCGAAAGUCCCGUGGAAUCCAUCAGGGAGAUUCCGGGAUCUGGCCUGACGUGCGUGACGAUCAAGGGAAGUAGAGGAGUCUCGUGCCUUGCGAAGAGAGUCAUCGUCUCCGUCGCCAGUCCCGUUUACCGUACCAUCGAUUUCUCACCGCGCCUCUCGCCGGCCAAGAAAACCUACGUGAAUUCGACGAGGUACUCUGGCUACGUCAAGUGCCUGGCCGUCUUCAAGGAACCCUUCUGGGAGGCCAACGGGUACUGUGGCCUGGCGCAGUCCUUCACAGGUCCCGCGUCGGUGUUUAGAGACACGGCCGUCGAGCGAGGCGACAACAAAAAGGACUACGCGCUCACCUGCUUCAUCUGCGGCAACUACGCGCGGUCCUGGUCGGCGAUGUCGACCGAACAGCAACACAAGAAGAUCCUGGAACAGAUCAGUCUGCUGUUCAACCACGGCCGGGACGUGACGCCGCUGUUCGUCACCGCCCUGCAGUCCACGUGGGGCGACGAGCAGUACAACGGAUGGGGGUGUCCGAUCCCGACCCUCGGCCCGGGAGUCUUCAACGAGUGUUUCGACGCCUUUGCCGCACCGGAAGGCAAUCUGCACUUCAUCGGCAACGAGACCGCCACUCGCUGGAGAGGCUACCUGGAUGGCGCCCUGCGCACGGCCGAAAGAGGUGUCGCAGAAGUGACAUUGGCACUGAGCAAGGGGAAGGCCGCGCUGUGA